AUGGAGUCGCCUGUGCUGGAAAGUGGCCCACUUUUUACUUCAGGAAUUAAGAGACAUGUGAAAGGCAAAAGGAUUUCAAAAACAGCCACGUUGAAUGUUUCUCUAGCUUCAAAAAUCAAAACAAAAAUAAUAAACAAUUCUUCGAUUUUAAAAAUUUCUUUAAAGCACAAUAACAGGGCAUUAGCUCAGGCUCUUAGUAGAGAGAAAGAAAAUUGUCGAAGCCUUACCACUGAAAAGAUGCUGUUGCAGAAAGAAGUGGAGAAACUGAAUUUUGAGAACACAUUUCUUCGCUUAAAGCUAACUAAUUUGAAUAAGAAGCUGAUAGAUAUAGAAGCACUCAUGAACAAUAACUUGUUAACUGCAAUUGAAAUGAGCAGUCUUUCUGAGUUCCACCAGAGCCCCUUUGUACUGCCCGUGAGCCAGGAGAAACGAGUCAGUAAACAGUGUAAGUUGAUGCGACUUCCAUUUGCAAGGGUUCCAUUAACUUCAAAUGAUGAUGAUGAUGAUGAUAAUGAUAAGGAGAAAAUUCAGUGUGACAACGUUAUAUCAAAGGCAUCAACUGAUGUUCACUCUUUGGUAUCAACAAAGCAACCUUUGUCAACUCAUUGUAAUUUGGAAUUGCCUUUUCUUAAAGAAAAAAAACAGAGUGUGCAUGGUUUAGAGGACUCAGAACAUAUUUCUUCUGUUAUUGAUGUACUUUCCAAAGAAAGCCAUUCCCAUUCAGAACAAAGUCCCAAGAGCUCCCUAUUGAGUGAGAUGAAUAGUGUCCAGUCCAUCAGCCAUGGAAAAGAGAAGCCGUCUCUUAGUAAUGUGACUGAAAGGAAGAAACGUGUACCAUCUUGGGAGUCAAAUAAUUCUUCCACUUGCACUCCCUUUUUGGCGGAUUUACAUCAACAGCCGAACCCAAGUCUAGAUUUAAAUAGGCGCAAUGAGAUUCACAACCAUACUUAUGAAACAAAUGUUACAAUGCAGAGAGAGAUCCAGUGCCUACCUGGCUCAGCUUCUAAGACUGUGAGUGAAGCUUCUACGAAAGACACGAAUAAAGUCCAGGCUGAUGAUGACUUGCAGUUGCAGAAAACUCUGUAUGAUGCUGACAUGGACUUAACUGCUGGUGAAGUAAGCAAGAUCACUAUAGUUUCAACCCACACUAAAAAUAGGAGUAAUGAAAAACCAAAUGAUUGUGGAAUGAAAACUUUCAGAAAAGUGAAAGACUCAAGCUCUAAAAAAAAGAAAGAAAGAUCAAAAAAACAACUUAAAAAUAGUUUGGAUGUAGAUGUUGAGGGAAAGAAUGAAAACAUGCCAGAAAGAGCUGUUGUUGUAGAUGACAAAUGUGUUUUAGAAGAUCCAAAUAUUAUUUUCAAUUCUGAACAGCUGACUCAUGUGAACAUAGUGAAGAAAACAACACUUCUUAAUGAUCUGGAUCAAGAUGACAGACAAAAUACACAUAGUAACAAGAAAAGCACAUAUCUAAUGAGUGAGCAAGAGGAAACAUGCUCUUUCGCCCAAAGUUCCAAUAGAUUCCAGCAGGACUAUAAAUUUGAUAUCGGUCCGAUUUCCCUUCCUUGUCAUCAAAGUAAAGUUUCGAGGCAGACAUUUGUGUUAGAGAAAGGUAACAUAUUUCUAAACCAGAAGGAUAAAGAAACCAGUUCUGAAAACCUAGAAAUCACAAAUGAAUUUCAAACAGCUGAUCUUUUUACCAAUGAGCAUCGAAAUUUACAUAAUUUUGAGACCCAGAAGAUGUUGGACUUGAAAAACCAUGUCACUGGUGUGCAACUGGCUCAGCAAAAUGAGUCAAAAGUAAAUAAACUUAAGCAGAAAAUAAAUCGGAAAACAGAGAUAGUUUCGGAAAUGAACCAAAUAUAUGAGAAUAAUGAUAAAAAUGUACGUGACCCUGAAAUGGAAGACUUUUUUUUCCAAACCGAGAAAGAUAAAAAGAACUACUGUGGAAAUGUAAAUGUCUCAAGUGAGUUUCAAACAGUAGCUCUUUCAGUCAUAGAUAAUGGAAACCUGUGCAAUUGGGAGCUCCAGAAUGUGUUGGGUUUGCAAAAGCAGAUAACUGAUACACAACCUGUUCAGCAAAAUGAGUCAAAAGUAAAUAAGCUUAGGCAGAAAGUAAGUCGGAAGACAGAAAUCAUUUCUAAAAUGAAUCAUACAGAUAAUGAGCAGGGUGUACAUAGCUUAGAAAAGAAUAACAUUUUAUUCCUAACCCAGAAGGACAAAAAGGCUGUCCUUGAAAACCUAGAAGACUCAACUGAGUUUGAAGCACCUGCUCAUUCUAACAAAGAUACUGGAAACCUAUGUGACUAUGGGACUCAGAAUGAUUUGGGGGUAAAAAAACGUGUCCAUGAUAUGCAACCUGUUUGUCUGAAUGAAUCAAAAAUACCUAAGAAGCUUAGGCAGAAAGUAUAUCGGAAGACAGAAAUUAUUUCUGAAACAAACCAAAUAUAUGAGAACUCAGAAAAAAGUGAUUUCUUUUCUAUAACCCAGAAUGAUAAAAAAACCAACCCUGAAAACCUGGAAGAUGCAAGUGAGUUUCAAAUAGCUGGUUCUUCCACUACAGGUAAUAGAAACCUAUGGCCUGAUUAUGAGAAGCAGGAUGUGUUGGACUCGAAAAACCAUGUCACUGAUAUACAACCUUCUCGGCAGAAUGAAUCAAAAAUAAAUAAGAAGCUUAGGCAGAAAGUAAAUAGGAAGACAGAAAUCAUUUCUGAAAUGAAUCAAAUAAAUGACUAUAAUAACAAAGAUGUGUAUGACCCAAUAAAAGGUAGCUGCUUUACCCUAACUCAAGAGGAUAAAGAAACCAAUUCUGAAGCUCCAGAAAUUGUAAAUGCAUUUCAAACAGCCAAUCUUUCCACCAAAGAUGAUGGAAAUCUAUAUAAUUAUGGGACCCAGAAUUUGUUGGGUUUCGAAAAGCAUAUCACUGAUAUGCAACCUAUUCAGCAUAAUGAAUCAAAAAUAAAUAAGAAAUGCAAGCAGAAAGUAAAUCGGAAAACAGAAGUAAUUUCUGAAAUGAGCCAUGUAUACAAGGAUAUUGACAACGAAAUGGAUGGUCCAGACAGUAAUAUAAACCAUCUUGAUUUUAAAAUAAGUAAAUCUAAAUGGAAACUUGAGUGCCAAGGCAUUAGCAGUGGGCAGUGUAUGGAGGUCAACAAUAAUGAAAAGGAAAAUUGUGACCAAAUUUUAAAUCCUUGCAAACUAAUUAAAAAGCAUAGGAAAGAUUCAUCAGGCAAGGCAAAGAAGAGUUUGGCUAAAGGUAAGCACAAACCUCUUUUACAGUUAACAGAUUCUUCACAGGGUUACAUCUCCUUAGAAUCAGGUUUAAAACAAAUUACGGGUGAGUCCGAUUCUAAUCCUAGAAACCAAAUGGAAUUACAUGAGAAUCAGAGGCAAAGCACUACAACGCUGAAUAAAAAACGAGAUUUCCCAUUUGUGGAAGUGAUAGAAGGAGAAUUCCAGGUCAAAAAAGCAAAGAAAAUGUUAUCCAGACAAAGGAAAAGGAAGCCUGCCACAGACCCUCCUCCAGAUAGCUAUGAAGGACUGGAGAUGAUACCUUACACUGUGCAGGGAGAGCCAGUCAAAUCUGAACAAAUUGUUAUGGAAAAAAAAUUGGAGAUUGAACACAUUGUCAGAAUUGAGCCGGACUUUAGCAGAAAGAUGUCUAAACCUGUGUCUCAGGUUCAUUUACCUAAAGUACAAGAUUCUUCCUCUAACACUGUUCUGGAGGGUUCUAUGCCUUUGAGUAUAACUUCUAGUAAAAAUACAAUCAAAAGAAAUUUUGUCUUGACGAACUCACCAAUCCUUCAAAUAACUGAUGAUGUACAAGAGAAGAUCAGAGAAAUGAAAUGUAAAGUCAUCCAGAGGACUGUCAAAUCAGGAAUAGGUGAUAGAGCACUGCAAGACUUGACAAAUACCAGUUUUGUUUCAAAUAACACUCCAGAAUCUGAAAAUAAGGCAGAAGAUCCAGCUUCAGAACUUCCAAGCAGAAGAAGAAGAUGUAUUCCUCUCUCUUUAAAAGAGCCAGGUCUCAAAAGGUUGGUAUUUCUGUGGUAUUAA